UAUAGAGCUGAAGAGCUGACCAUGAUUCAGCGAGCAAACGGUUGAUUGCACAAGGUCUUCUACAUUUCACGAGCAAGUCAAUUUAAUAGGUAGGUACUCAGGGGUUGUAGCUCUUCCCGCUUGGCAAAGCCGAUAAUGAUAUCUACCCGCAACAUCUGCACGGGCAUCAUCGCCGUAGCGGUACAAGCCGCUGGUGUUCUAGCUGCCGCUGUCUCGUCACCGCCUACGGUUGACCUUGGGUACGCCACCUACCAAGGCUAUUAUAACGAUACGUUCGACCUCAAUAUUUGGAAAAGCGUUCGUUACGCGGCACCGCCCGUUGGAAAGCUGCGAUGGCAAGCUCCCCAACCUCCUCUCAAGGGCAACAGGGAAAUUGUUCCCGCUAUCGACCAGCCACCAUUAUGUCCCCAAUCGGGGGCUUUCGGUGUUCCUGAUACCUAUGGGUUUAACUCCGCGCUUGGCAACGAAGAUUGUCUCUAUCUCAAUGUAUACGCCGCUCCCAACGCCUCUAACUUGCCUGUCUUGCUGUGGAUACACGGAGGUGGCCACUCGGUAUUCGGAGCCACGUACGACCCAAGUGCUUGGAUGAAUGUCAACGAGAACGGGUUCAUCACUGUUGAGAUUCAAUACCGACUAGGGGCAUUUGGAUUCUUGGCCUCGGCCGACAUCAAGAACAACGGUCAACUCAACGCAGGUCUUUUGGAUCAGCGGUUUGCUCUCGAAUGGGUCCAGAGACACAUAUCGAAGUUUGGCGGUGACGCAACCCGCGUCACGAUCGGAGGCGAGUCAUCAGGUGCAGGGUGCGUCCUUCAUCAUGUGAUGGGCUAUGGUGGCGAGGAGACGGAUAUCUUCAGCAAUGCCAUUGCUGCUAGCCCAUACCUCCCGGCAAUACAUUGGUACAAUGAUACCGUCCCUACGAAGCGGUACAAUCGCUUCGCUGAACUAGCUGGGUGUAGUAAAGAGUCACUGAAGUCAAGCAACCAUUCAAGCAUCUUUGACUGUUUGGUGGCCACCGAUAGCGUUGUACUGCAGAGAGCUAGUGGCACUGUCUCGACGACUCAGGGCACCUUCGGUACCUUUGGUUUCUCGCCUGUUGUCGACGGCGAUUAUAUACAAGAACGACCAGCUGUGCAGCUGUCACGCGCAAAAGUGAUUGGAAAGAGACUUCUCGUUGGUAAUAACGCCAAUGAAGGUGUACCCCUGACUAACCCGCAAGUCAACACAACAUCAGCGUAUGACGACUUCAUCGCCACAACUUUUCCGUCGUUGUCGCCGAGUGACACUACCUUGCUUCGCAAAGUAUAUCAGAUCGACGAUUUACCAUGUGAUGAUGACUUGCUGUAUGACACAACAGGUAGCAGAGGGCCAACAGCGCUAUGCAAGUCUGGGAUGGCCAUAGGGAUACAGCAGGCGGUGUUCAACAUAGCCGGCGAAAACGAAUUCGAUUGUCCUGCCCAGUGGCUCGCCGAGGCGUUCAGCUCCGGCUCACGAAAAAGCUGGAAGUAUCAAUACUCUCUCAUGCCAAACUACCACGGCGCUGAUCUAACCUCCUACUUUUCUGUGGGGGCAGAGCUGCCGAACGCGGAUUUUAUGCGGACGAUGCAGAAGAUAUGGGGCAGCUUCAUCAUUCACGAUACCCCCGUUAUCUCGGCUUUGGAUGCGACUGCGAAGCGAGACAACGCGACGGUCCCGGCCAACGCAGAUGGUAGCAUCAAAUGGCCAGAGUUCACUCUAGAGUACCCAAUUCAGAUGAAUCUGAACACCACCGGGGGAGACGUAUCCAGAAUCACUGUGCCUCCUUACUUGAAGUACAAUGUGCGUGGCGGACCGGGCAUCGUAAACACCUUUAGCCUCACCGAUGCCUUCGCAUGGGAAGGUGGUCGUGGUAAACGUUGCGACUUCUGGCGUUCUGUUUCGGAAAGAGUCCCUCAGUAAAAGGGGUGGACAGAUAAAGCUGCAGCUCUUGGGUAGGUACCUACCUACCUACUAACCUAACCUUAGGUAAGUUCCAUGAUAGACAUUCAGAUAUAUUUUAAUCAAUAAAUAUUCCGUGUCAUCUCAUGUUUGAGCACGUGUAAUUCCGUAUGUGUGAUUCAUUGACAUAUGCCAUUUGAGAUGUGAUGUGUCGAGAGCAAGAGGGGAAGUAAGUUGUGUUAGUGAGAAUACACAACUAAGGAAAA